AUGGUAUUCAACUUCCAUAUGAAUGAAUCAGUCGUCAAAUGGGCAAUUAUCCUAUUUGCAACUUAUAUAAUCUAUGUCACGAUUAAAAAGGUUCAAAUUUAUAGAUUUAAAAGGGCUAAUGGUUGUAAAGAAGGUUUCCAUUUCAAACCUUCUUAUUUCGGUAUUCCCUAUAUUCGAAAUAUAAUAAAAGCUAAAAAUUCAGGGAGGUUCAAUCAUUUCGUAAAGGAACAUUAUUCAUGGUUACCUAAAAACUAUUAUAGUCACAUCGCUGGAUCUAUAUCGUUUGCAACUUGUGAUCCAGAAAACAUCAAGGCUAUUUUAAGUACACAAUUUGAUAAUUUUGGUGUUGGAUUAAGAUACGAACAGUUAAAACCUUUAUUUGGUUUAGGUAUCUUUACUGCUGAUGGUGAUGUUUGGAAACAUUCACGAGCUAUGUUAAGACCUCAAUUUGCAAAGGAACAUAUUAAACAUGUACAAAUGUUGGAAUUUCAUUUACAAGUAAUGGCUAAACAUAUUAGAAAAUAUUCAAAUGGUGAAACAUUUGAUUUUCAAGAUUUAAUGUUUAGAUUCACAUUGGACGCAGCUACUGAUUUCUUAUUGGGUCAAUCUAAUCAUUGCUUAUAUGAUGAAUCAAUUGGUUUAAAUUAUAAGCAUGAGACAGAUGCAGGUUAUGGUUUCCGAAAAGCUAUUGAAGGGUCACAAACUUGGAUUUCUACAAGAUCAUUUGCUCAAAGUUUUUAUUUCUUAAUUAAUGAUAAAGAGGGUAAAAGACAAGCUGAUCAAGUUAGAGAAUUUUGUAGAUAUUAUGUUAACAAAGCUUUCAAGUUAUCACCAAAAGAAUUGGAAGAGAAAUCAAAGGAUAAAUAUUAUUUAUUAUAUGAAAUUAUGAAAACUCAGAACGAUAAAGGGAUAGUAUUAGAUCAAGUCAUUAACGUGUUAUUAGCAGGCAGAGAUACAACAGGUUCUUUAAUUUCAUUUGUGUUUUUUGAAUUGGCUAGAAAUCCAGAGAUUUGGAAUAAGUUAAAAAAUGAAAUUUAUAAACAUUUUGGAUAUGGAUCCCCAGAGGAUAUUUCAAAAAUUACAUUUGAGACAUUAAAACAAUGUCAAUACUUAAGAUGGGUUAUUUUCGAAACUUUAAGAAUGUAUCCUACCUUGCCUUUAAAUUUUAGAAUUAGUACAAAAAGACAAACAUUACCUAGAGGGGGUGGAAAAGAUGAACAAUCUCCAGUAUUUAUUGAAAAAGGUCAAGUUGUAAUAUAUAAAGUCUUACAUAUGCAUAGAAGAGAAGAAUUUUAUGGAAAAGACGUUGAUGUAUUCAGACCAGAACGUUGGGAACAUUUAAAUAAAAUCGGUUGGAGUUAUCUUCCAUUCAAUGGUGGUAUGUAAAAAUUAACUAACUUAUUAGUUCAUACUAACUUAUUCUAGGUCCAAGAACUUGUCUUGGUCAACAAUUUGCCUUGACUCAAACUUCAUACGUUACGGUUAGAUUAGCUCAAAUGUUUCCACAUUUAGAAUCUAGAGAUCCAGAAUAUCCUCCAAAGACAUUAUUCACAGUUAAUCAAAUUUUAUUUGAUGGUUGUUUUAUUCUGAUGAAAUAA